GCAAGUUCAGCGACAUUGACGAUGUUAGGAUCUAACCCCCGAGACUCUGCGCAAAAUUGACUCAAUUGUGUGUAGGUCCAUGUCACUGAAAUGCCCGACCACGAUCCUCUGCCUCGUUUUUUCGAUGUAUAGCAUGGGCUCAAAUGGGUCCCGAGGGACUCCCUCACAGAUGCGGAAUGGGAUCAGGAGGCCCUUGCGGCAGCGGCUGGUUUCCCCAUUUCGUGUACCAUUUGAGAGAGGACCGGUUAUCAUUAGAGUCAACCAAAGUGCCGCUGGGCGGCGUUCACAGAUUCUGAGCUUGUCGCAGAGUCAUCGUUACCAAUGACCCCUCGUAAACGUUCAUCUUGGGCCAGACUGUGGGCUGCUGUUCGAAGAAUAUUUCGCCGUCAUGGAUGAUAUCCUUCACUGCUGU